AUGGCAAGCACAGUAAUGAGCUCAUUGAGCCUAAAGCCAACUUUCACUUUGGAGAAAACAUCAGUGAAAGGGCUUCCAUCACUUGCUAGGUCUUCUUCUCCCUUCAAAGUUGUGGCUAGUGGUGUCAAGAAGCUUAAGACUGACAAACCCUAUGGAAUUAAUGGAAGCAUGGCCUUGAGAGAUGGGCUUGAUGCCUCAGGCAGGAAGCCCAAGGGAAAGGGUGUGUACCAAUAUGUUGACAAAUAUGGAGCUAAUGUUGAUGGAUACAGUCCCAUCUACAACACAGAUGAGUGGUCUCCAAGUGGUGAUGUCUAUGUUGGAGGUACCACUGGCUUAGCCAUAUGGGCCGUGACCUUGGUUGGCAUUCUUGCAGGAGGUGCUCUCCUUGUCUACAACACAAGUGCUUUGGCACAGUAG